AUGGUGCAAUUCAAAGCCUGCUUCUUGCUCCUCAAUGUGGCAGCUGCGCAUGCAGCCGUCCUCCAGGAUGACUCUUACUUUUACGGCCAGAGUCCACCGGUCUAUCCCACUCCCAAUAUGACUGGGGAUGGCGAAUGGGGACACGCACUUUCCAAAGCUCAGAGGCUGGUGGCACAAAUGUCCCUUGAAGAGAAGCUCAGUCUCACUGGAGGGGUUAAGAACGACACGAGUGGCUGUGGGGGGAAUAUUCCGGCUAUCAAUCGGCUUGGAUUCCCCGGAAUGUGUCUCCAAGAUGGCCCCAAUGGGAUCAAGGGAUCAGAGCUUGUCAACGGCUAUCCAUCCGGCAUUCAUGUUGGCGCGAGCUGGAAUAAAUCCCUCGCUUACCACCAGGCGCACGCUAUUGGUGGUGAGUUCAGACGAAAGGGUGUGACCUUGGCACUCGGCCCACCGGUUAUCGGUCCUCUGGGACGACUUGCGCUUGGAGGCCGCAACUGGGAGGGCUACGGCAAAGAUCCAUAUCUCAGUGGCAUUAUGGGAGCCGAAACCGUUCGGGGUGUCCAAGACAACGGGGUUAUCGCAUGUGCAAAGCACUUCGUGGGCAAUGAACAGGAGUUACACAGGAACCCUCGUUUAGACGACGCUACUAACAAGACCGUUGAAACCUCCUCCAGUAAUAUGGACGACAGGACCAUGCACGAGCUCUAUAUGUGGCCGUUUGCAGACGCCGUGCACGCCGGGGUUGCAAGUAUCAUGUGUGCUUACGAGCGUCUCAACAACAGUUAUUCCUGCCACAACAGCAAAGCCCUCAAUGGACUUUUGAAAACCGAAUUAAGCUUCCAGGGAUUCGUAUUGAGUGACUGGUUUGCCCAGCACACUGGUGUUGCGAGCGCCAUGGCUGGCCUUGACAUGGUUAUGCCCUAUGGGGACAUGUACUGGGGUCCCAACCUUACAAAUGCAGUGCGCAACGGGUCCGUGCCAGAGUCCCAAAUCAACAAUAUGGCGACAAGAAUUAUGGCAGCUUGGUAUCUGUCGCAUCAGGAUGACCCAGCUCUCCCGCCCGUUGGUAUUGGCAUCACUGCAGACUAUGGAAAGCCCCAUCCCGUUAUCGAUGCUCGGAACCCGGGUGAUGAGGGUGUUCUCCUGGAAGGAGCCAUCCAGGGUCAUGUAUUGGUUAAGAACGUCGAUAAUGCCUUGCCAUUGUCCAAUCCACGUAUAUUAUCGAUUUACGGGUACGAUGCGAAGGUCGCGGACACCAAUAUUGCAAAGGCCGGGAUAAAUGGCUGGACUCAGGGCCUGCAGGCACACGAUUACCGGAGUGUUGAAUGCGGCUUCGGCCUGACUGGGGGUGACUGCCCUCCAUUCGCCCCUAUUGCCUUCAAUGGGACAAUAAUUGGUGGUGGUGGCUCUGCGGCAAUUACGCCCGUGUAUAUUAGCAGUCCAUUUCAGGCCUUGGAUGCCCGUGCACGCCGAGAUAGAACACAGUUAUUUUGGGAACUGGAAGGUGCUGAGGUCACUAACAUCGAGUCAGAUGCCUGCCUCGUUUUCAUCAAUGCGGCCUCGUCUGAAGGGGUCGAUCGACCGUCCUUGAGAGAUGAUUACUCGGAUGGACUCAUCAUGGACAUUGCUUCACAGUGCAACAAUACGGUGGUUAUCAUACACAAUGCAGGUGUCCGACUAGUUGAUCAAUGGAUUGAUCAUCCGAACGUUACGGCUGUGAUACUUGCCCAUCUGCCUGGCCAGGACUCUGGAGAAGCCAUUACCCAGAUCCUGUACGGAGACGUCAGCCCAAGUGGAAAACUUCCUUAUACAUUGCCGCGUAACGAGUCAGACUAUGGGUCACUUCUCAACCCGGUCACAUAUUCAGGGUGGGACCGGUAUUUCCCGCAGGACAACUUUACCGAGGGCGUUUUCAUCGACUAUCGCGCAUUUGAUAGAAACAGCAUCGUUCCGCGCUUCGAGUUCGGGUUCGGUAUGACAUAUACGACAUUUGAGUAUGCGAACCUUGAUGUUCGUCACACUGUGGAUCUAUCUGAGCUGUCGGAGUAUCCAACUGGACCUGUGAUUCCCGGCGGCAGUGCGGACCUUUGGGACACCGUUGCGGUUGUAACAGCUGAGAUCACCAAUACUGGUCCGAUGGAGGCUGCAGAGAUUGCACAGCUAUAUAUUCAGAUUCCGGAUGAAGAGCAGCCAGUCUUACAGUUGCGAGGAUUUGACAAGGUAACAAUUCCCCCUGGUGAGGCCAGGGCUGUUGACUUUAAUAUCAGGCGUCGUGAUAUCAGCAUUUGGGAUGUGGCAUCUCAGCAGUGGAAACUGAUCAUUGGAGGCCAGUAUCCCAUUUUUGUUGGAGCCAGCUCCCGAAAUAUCAUGUUGAAUGGGACACUGGAAUUGUGA